GUUGGGCAAGUUUUGUUGUUUAGACGCUCGUUGUCAUUUGGCAGUGCAGGACUGACCCACUUCAUUGAAUGAACCGUGAGUGUGUGUAUGGCGAAUAGAUGCGCUGUGGAACACCGCGAACGAUGAACGCCGGUUUGACGCUGUUUACGGUAUCAUUAUGCUUCUUCGGUUUUAUUCAAGCCAAAUCCCAGAUGCAGUCCUGUCCCAGCGGACAGUUCUUGCUAAAAAAUCAGUGCGUUCUCUGUCAUCCCACCUGCACGGAGUGUGAGGGUCAUGAGCUAUUCGAGUGCACCGCUUGUGGUUUAGAUGAGGAGGGGAAAGAGCGUUUUCUGUAUCAGGGUCACUGCAGACUACACUGCCCACGAGAGUUUUAUCCAGACCGAGACGAGUACACCUGCCUUCCAUGUAUGCCUAAUUGUGAGAUCUGUGCUGAUGCCAACGUGUGUGCCAAGUGCAGAGAAGGAUACAACCUUAAAAGUGGCAUCUGUCUAACAGUCCUGUGUGGAGUUGGUCAGGUUCAGGACCCGGAUACGCGAGAAUGUAUAGACUGCAGUAUCGGCUGUAAAACAUGUUCCACAGAUGAGCCGGAGGUUUGCAACAGCUGCACAGAUGGCUACUUCCUAUACAGACACCAGUGUCGUCAGCACUGUCCCCAGAGGACCUAUGAGGACCGGGGUAGAGGACUGUGUAUCAGCUGCCUGGAGCCAUGUGUGGACUGCCGGAGUGAUGCCUUGUGUCUCGCUUGCCAGAGCGGACACUUCCUGAACAAUGGCACCUGUGUGAAGGAGUGCCCAGCAGACACAUUUAAAGACACCAGAGGGUGGCGCUGUCAGCCCUGUCACAGCUCCUGUCUGACCUGCCACGGCCCUGGAGUGAGAGACUGCAACAGAUGCAGUGGCUGGAGCCGCCCAGUUUACGGGAAGUGCCCGGUGAUCAGCUGCCCGGAAGGCCAGUAUGUUGAUGGGGAAAGUCGCACUUGUCAUUACUGUGAUGUUUCCUGCCUGACGUGUUAUGGACCCAAGGCUCAGAACUGCAUCACCUGUGCUACCGGAUACAUGUUGGAGCAGGAGUCUGUCUGUGUAGACCGCUGCCCUCUGGGUUUCUUUGGAAAUAGCUCCAGUCUGCUAUGUGAGAGGUGUUCUGCUAACUGUGAGGCCUGUGAGAGCAGAGACGAGUGUGUGAGCUGUAAGACGGACACUUACCAGCUCUAUCUGUUUCAGGGCAGCUGCUGGUCCGAGUGCCCAGAAGGUUAUUUUGAGACCGAGCUGGGGACAUGUGAACCCUGUGAUGAACUCUGUCUGACCUGCGAUGGCACAAGCACGCAGUGCCUUUCGUGUCGAGAAGGCCUUCAUCUGGCCAACGGGCAGUGCCAGCAAAACUGCGGCCCCAUGAGCUACGCGGCAGAAGACGGCACAUGCAGACGCUGUGCUCCUCAUUGUGACGUGUGCACCAAUUUUUACACCUGCACUAGAUGCAGUUUUCUCUAUUUGCUCUUAAACGGGGCAUGCAAGGCUGUCUGCCCCAAGGGUUACUUUGAAGAUUUGGAUCAGGGGCUCUGUGUGAGCUGCCAUUCCACCUGUGGCACCUGCUCUGGUCCUCUCUCUGACGACUGCGAGACCUGCUCUUCCCUCACCCCAAAACUCUACGAGGGCACGUGCUUGGAAGUGUGCCCAGCGGGCACUUAUUACCAGAGCUCUGAUAAGGAAUGCCAGGAAUGUCACCAGACCUGUGCGCGCUGUGAGGGUCCUGAGCCCACGCAGUGUCUCCAGUGUGAAAAGGGUCUCGUUCUUGAUCCCAACACCAUGAUGUGUGGAGUUACAGGGGAUUCAGACUGCCCACCCAGAACCUUCCUCCAAAACAACCAGUUCAUUUGCCAAGCAUGUCAUCGGCUCUGCCAGUCCUGCGAGGGACCGGGACCCACUGACUGCCAGACCUGCGCCCUGCCCAACUACCUCCACAAUGGUUCGUGUGUGAGCAAGUGUCCUGUGGGAACUUACAGUGCCCAUGAGGAGGCUGACGGGGUAGACCUGGGUUUCUGUAUGCCCUGUGAUCAUGUGUGUGCUACCUGCUCUGGGGCGUCUCCCAGGGAUUGUCUGAGCUGUGCACCAGGCUACCUUCAUCUUCUCUCUCAUCUCUGUGUUAGCCAUUGUCCCACAGGGUAUUACAGCUCAGGGGAGCGCUGUGAGAAGUGUGACCCUUCUUGUGAGCAGUGCACGGGCCCAGGCCCGGACGCCUGCAGGGUGUGCACACCUCCUUUGUUGGACCUGCAGGGCACCAGACAGUGUGUGAAUCAGUGUCCGCAGCGCUUUUUUGAGAGCGGGCACAGCUGUAGACAGUGCCACACCAGCUGCAAGUCCUGCACAGAUAACACUCCUCAGGGCUGUUUGACAUGUGACUGGGGCAGCGUCCUGCAGGAUGGCGUGUGUUACCCUCGCUGUGAGGAGAGUCGAUAUUACUCGCAGGGUGGAGUUUGUGAACCAUGUGACGAGUCCUGUAAACACUGUUCGAGUGCCGGGCCCCAGAACUGUCUCACCUGUCAUCCGGGUUUUGCCCUACAUGCCACUGACAAUCAAUGUUUGCCCUGCUGCAAGUCUGGGCAGGAGGACAGGAAGUGCUGUCUCUGUGAUUCAGCCUCAGCAUUGUGUCUUGAGGCGCCUGUACCAAGUAAAACUCAGGAUGACAUUAUUCUAAGGUCCCAUGCGGUACAGCACGCAUCUGCAGCCUUACCUGCUGCUCUGCUGCUAGCCGUAGUGCUCGCACUAGUUGUGUUUGCUCUGGUACAGGCAAGGGCCAAAAAAAGGUUAUGCUGGAGACGGAGCUAUGAACGACUGAGCGGGGAGGCCAGCAAACAGUCCAGUUCCCGGCCCAUGCCCCACGGAGUACCAGAACCAGAGGACAGCGGAGACGAAGCAGAUGUGGUCUACACCAGCCGAGAUGGAUCUGUCUAUCGGCGCUACGGUUUCAUCCACGAGCCAGACACGGAAGAGGAACAGGACGAGGAAGAAGCUACUGAGAAUACACAUCUCAACAAAACCUAAAAUAUGGUCACUAAAUAUUCAAAUUCUACUAAUUCUUUACACGCACACUUCUGUGGUCAAAACUAGUGGUCGACCGAUAUAGGGUUUUUUGAUGCGUGAUGCCAAUGCCGAUAUCUUAGCUGGUUGGCCAUUGGGCCGAUAUAAAGCUGAUAUAUAUAUAUAUAUAUAUAUAUAUAUAUAUAUAUAUAUAUAUAUUGAACUGCGAAAUAAACAGAUUUAUUCUUUAGAUUGCAACUUUAGCGAUAAAUGUGCACUUCAAAAGAUUUCACAGCUGGAUUCGCCAAAGUUUGUGAAAGUUUAGAUUCAACCGAUUACAUCGGUAAUUUUAUAUAUUAUAUUAUAUAAAUAUGUGUAUUGCUGAAUGCUGACAGUGCAAGAAACUCUAGCAUUUGCUUUUCUAUAACUAAUAAUAGGAAAUUAUUCAAUUAUAAAAGCAAAAAACUAUAUUAUUUUUAAUAUGCCAUCUAAUAAUUUAUUAGACAGAAUGGUUAGACAGCAAACUAAUAAAGAUGGAAAUGGGAGCUCAGAGGCUCAGGCGCUGGUGGUCUCAGCGCUUUCAAAAUAAAAGUUGCCAAAAAAGCCCUGUUUCCGACAUAUCGGCCAAACUGAAAAAAUUAUUGGCGAUGCAGAUCAUUAAAAAAUGCCAAAUAUUGGCGAAUAUAUCGGUCGACUACUAAAAAACCUACAGGAUUGGAAGAUGGUAACAACAGACAACCCUGUGUACUUAAUGGUAAAUUGAUACAUGAUAGCAUCUUUUUUAUGUUCUUUUUUAUACAUUUAUUCCUAUAUACUGUAUAUAUUUAUCUGGAAUUUCAGAAUAUUCAUGCCAGCAUCUGUGUAGAUCACUUUAUUGUAAUAUAACCCUCUCUGUAAUGUAAUGUUUGUUAAUGUUAUUAAUGAUGGGUACCAUAAAGUGGUACCAAACAUUUUUUGGGUGAUUAAAAGGUGACAGUUUAUUUAGAGAUCUGUUAUAUUUUCUUAGUAAAGAAUAUUAAAUUCAUUUCAGAAAAA